UUUAUUUAUUUAUACUAGAGUGUAGUGAUUGAAGAAAGUGAUGGCUUCUUCUUCUAAUUCUAUUUCUCAAGAUAUGGCUUCAAUGGCCACACAAAUCUGCAACCAAAUAGCUUCCAUAUUUUCAAACCCCACUCAUCCAUACCCACCUUCACUGGAAAUCUUAGUCACCGAGCUCUCCACCGUCGCUUCUCAAAAAGCCCGCGUUUUCCUCUAUGGAGUGGGACGUGAGGGCCUAAUGCUCAAAGCCCUAUGUAUGCGCCUAGCCCAUCUGGGCCUUUCGGCCCAUUUAGUCUUCGAUAUGACAACUCCUCCAAUCACCACCGGUGAUCUCCUCAUCGCCUCCGCCGGUCCGGGAGGCUUCUCCACCGUUGACGCUAUAUGCUCAGUUGCGCAAUCUAAUGGCGGAAGGGUGGUGCUUCUGACGGCUCAGCCUGAGACAGGGUCGUGUGUGAAGCAUGCUAGUGUGGUGGCUUAUGUGCCUGCGCAGACCAUGGCGAAUGAUGCGGAUGCAGUGGAUGUGAAAUCUAGACCGUUGCUUCCGAUGGGAAGUGUGUAUGAAGGUGCACUGUUUGUAUUGUUUGAGAUGGUUGUGUAUAAGUUAGGGGAGGUCUUAGGUGAGAGUCCUGAAGCCGUUCGAUCUCGCCAUACUAAUCUUGAAUGAAAUUGUAUCAGCCGUUUGAUCUUGCUGUGUGUUAUGAUAAUGAUAUUGAUAGUGUAAUCACCAUUCACCAAUUACUUUUUAGUUUGAAUAAAUGGACAUGUUUGUAAAAUGAGAGAAUAAAUUGAAAAAUAAAUAAACAAAGUUCCGUGAGAAUAAUCAAAUCUUGUGA